UCCCGCGGACCGACCGAUGGUGCUAUCAGCGACCGAGGGUGCGGAAGCCCAGUACCGAGAAGCCAAGUUCGCCCCUAACCCGCCCCCUGGCCUCCCCCGACCCAGCAAAGCCCUGGAGCCCUAGGUCCGGGAAAAGACAGGCAGAGGCCGGCCCGAGAGCCCGUUCAGCGGCCGCGGAAGCGGGAGCGCGGGCAGGCGGGGAGCCGCGGGCGGAGCGAGCGCCGCUUUCUCCUCACGCCCCCUCGGCAGCCUGCCCGGCCCCCGCCGCCAUGUUGAGCUGACACGGCCAAGCCUCCAAGCGUGCCCGCCGACCCCGGCGGGAAGCCCGCGCCGGAAGGUGCUCCAGGCCGGCCGCGGCGCGCGAGUUCCGGUGGGCGGCGCGCAGCUGCUCCAGUGCCACAAUUAGCUGAGCAUUGCUCAGCUGCAGCUGCUGGUGAUUAUGAACCACCCAGCUCCUGUCUAAACUCAGAGGCAGAUUUAGCAAAAGAAGCUAUAGUAACCGCGGAGAACGAAAGAGAAGAGCCAGUGCUGCUGCCAGGAUCAUUUGAGCAUGUCUGUGCCAAGGAGUCCUUAGCUGCCGCAGCACUACCGUUGUCUUGGAACUAGCAGACUUGAUGGCAGCAUAUCUUGAUCUGAGUUGUGUUUACCUUGAAGAUCUUGAAGCCUACUCUAAGAAAGACGAAGGAUCCUGCAAUUUCAGAGUAAUAUGACAUUCUGAUGGCCUGAAUUACAAGCCUCAGUGCCUCAGCAACUCCUUGUCCUCCAGACUCGGUCAGAUUUGAUAAUGGGCUGCGUUAAAAGUAAAGAAAACAAAAGUCCAUCCAUUAAGUAUACACCAGAAAAUCCCUCGGAGCCCGUCAAUACAAGUGCCAGCCAUUAUGGAGCAGAACACAGUGCAGUGGCACCAUCCUCCUCAACUAAGGGAGCACCAGUUAACUUCAGCAGUCUUUCUAUAACUCCAUUCGGAGGAUCCUCAGGAGUGACUCCUUUUGGAGGAGCAUCUUCCUCAUUCUCAGUGGUGCCAAGUUCAUAUCCUACUGGCUUAACAGGUGGUGUUACUAUAUUUGUGGCCUUAUAUGAUUAUGAAGCUCGAACUACAGAAGACCUUUCAUUUAAGAAGGGUGAAAGAUUUCAGAUAAUUAACAAUACGGAAGGAGACUGGUGGGAAGCAAGAUCGAUUGCUACAGGAAAGAAUGGUUACAUUCCUAGCAAUUAUGUAGCGCCUGCAGAUUCCAUUCAGGCAGAAGAAUGGUAUUUUGGCAAAAUGGGGCGAAAAGAUGCCGAAAGAUUACUUCUGAAUCCUGGGAAUCAACGAGGUAUAUUCUUAGUAAGAGAAAGUGAAACUACUAAAGGUGCUUAUUCCCUCUCUAUUCGUGAUUGGGAUGAAGUAAGGGGUGACAAUGUGAAACACUACAAAAUUAGGAAACUUGACAAUGGUGGAUAUUAUAUCACAACCAGAGCUCAGUUUGACACUCUACAGAAAUUGGUGAAACACUACACAGAACAUGCUGAUGGUUUAUGCCACAAGUUAACAACUGUGUGUCCAACUGUGAAACCCCAGACUCAAGGUCUAGCAAAAGAUGCUUGGGAAAUCCCUCGAGAAUCUUUGCGACUAGAGGUUAAACUAGGUCAAGGAUGUUUUGGUGAAGUAUGGAUGGGAACAUGGAAUGGAACCACAAAAGUAGCAAUCAAAACACUAAAACCAGGUACAAUGAUGCCCGAAGCUUUUCUUCAAGAAGCUCAGAUAAUGAAAAAAUUAAGGCAUGAUAAACUUGUUCCACUCUAUGCCGUUGUUUCUGAAGAGCCAAUUUAUAUUGUCACUGAGUUUAUGUCAAAAGGGAGUUUGUUAGAUUUCCUUAAGGAAGGCGAUGGAAAAUAUUUGAAGCUUCCACAGCUGGUCGAUAUGGCUGCUCAGAUUGCUGAUGGUAUGGCAUAUAUUGAAAGAAUGAACUAUAUUCACCGAGAUCUCCGGGCUGCUAACAUUCUUGUUGGAGAAAAUCUUGUAUGCAAAAUAGCAGAUUUUGGUUUAGCAAGAUUAAUUGAAGACAAUGAAUACACAGCAAGACAAGGUGCAAAAUUUCCAAUCAAGUGGACAGCUCCUGAGGCUGCACUAUAUGGUCGAUUUACAAUAAAGUCAGAUGUCUGGUCAUUUGGAAUUCUACAGACAGAACUGGUAACAAAGGGGAGAGUGCCAUAUCCAGGUAUGGUGAACCGUGAAGUGCUGGAACAAGUAGAACGAGGAUACAGGAUGCCUUGUCCUCAGGGCUGUCCAGAAUCCCUCCAUGAAUUGAUGAAUCUUUGUUGGAAGAAGGACCCUGAUGAAAGACCCACAUUUGAAUAUAUUCAGUCCUUCUUGGAAGACUACUUCACUGCUACAGAGCCACAGUACCAACCAGGAGAAAAUUUAUAAUCCAAGUAGCCUGUUUUGUGUGCACAAAUCUGCCAAGACAUAAAGACCUUGUGUAGAGUUCCUCACGCACAGGAAUCAAAAGAAGAUAAUCUUCACUCUGCAUGUUUUUAAUGGUAAACUGGAAUUCCAGAUAUGGUUACACAAACCAUUUUUUUUUCCAAGUAUUAAAUCUAAAGUACCAGUGAUACAUUUUACAACUUACUUCAGGGUCCAAAGAAAGUAGAGCUAAGAUAUUGUGACAGUGUGGGUGAGAGCCUGGUAAGAAAGAGCAACAAGACUACUGUUUAUAAGGCAUUUACUUUCUUUUCUUCCCCAAACUUGGAAUUGUUAAGAGAACAUUAUUUAUUGCUAUGGACAAAACUAAGGAGGUCAUACCACAGUAAGAUCUAAAAUUAAGGAACCUCCUGGGACCAAAUAAUUCCAUUCCAGUUUUUAAAAAUUUCUUGCAUUUAUUCUCAAAAUUUUUUCUGUGUUAAACAGUCAACAUGCAAUUUUAACAUAUGCCUCUUUUGUGUGCAAAUGGGCCAAGUCUUUCAAAAGCAAACAGUGGAUUAUAAGCAGUAUCUAAAACUUGAUUUCGUGUUACACCACAGCAGUGGGGUUUGAAAGGAUAAUGCACUCUGUUCACACUCAUAUUCAUAGAACUGGAAAAUAGAAAAACAAAAAUUUUCAAUUCAGUCAUUUCUCACAUUGUUCAAUUUAGAAUAAUGGAGGUAAUUAGAAAGUGAAUUAAUCUUUUAUAGGGUUGUGUUGAUUUUUUUAAGAUGCAAUACUAUUGAAAUUAUAGUGUACAAUCCAAGGGGAAAUCUUAUAAUCUUUAUAUAGCAUGAAAAGUAUGAAAAGUAAAACCUAGCAUGUAAGCUGUCCAUUUAAAAAAUACCUUGGUACUGGGAGAUGUUGUUCAUACGCUCUUAUGGUGAUGGGCUCCACAGAUAGAAAACAUCACUAGAUCAGGGACUUGAAUGCACUUUUGUUUGUAUUGAAUAUAGACUAGGAGAGAAGAAAAUGUAUUUAAAAGAAAUAUGAGAAGAGAAAAUUCGAAAGUCUUACAGGUAGAGGGGAUGGGAUGGAAUGUUGAUGUGUAAGGGACAGCAUGGCUUCGCUGGCACUCAGAGCUCCUCAUUAGCUGUUUUCCUAGACUUUAAGAGUUAUGAAGUAUGACUAUAAACUAAUUUUUCUUAACAUAUACACUAAAUGAGUGUUACAUCCUCAAAAUAGUGAAGGUAAGACUUCACACUAAUUCUAGUGACCCAACUUUAAUGCAAAACCUUUUUAGAACUCCAAUUUUCAAAUCUCUGUUUGAAACUUCACUUACAUUUCAAAUAUGCUUAAUGGCUGUCAUUUUUUUCCCUUUUAGAAUAUAGUUGACUUGGGGAGGAAGACUUAGUCUGAGUUACAGUAAUUUAAAGGGAGACAUUUGGGGCGGGGGGUGUCCAUUUAAAAUACAGAAGUAGAACAUUCAAAAUGAGAAUGGUUUUUCUAAGAUAUUAUGAAAUAUGAAUUUGAAUAGCAGCAUUACUGGUUUAAGAGUCUAGCAAAGGAAAAAAAAGUCUAAUAUUUGUGUUCUUAAAUGCUGUAUUUUAUAGUCAGACUUUCAGGCAUUAUAUCAUGUUCCCAUAUUUUCGGCAUAUUUUUAACUACCAUCACUUUAAUCGUUAAAUUUAAAAAUCUGUGCCGUGGCAUAUAUGUUCAAACUUAAACCUUUUAAAAAUGUGACAAAUGAAUUUCAUGCAAGUUGGCAAAAGUACUGGUACUAAAAGUUGUGUUUCUUCUUUUUUACAAAACCUGUUUAGUAUUGAAUCCUCUAGCAGGAGGGUCUUCCUAAUACAAGUGCCGUCAUUAUUUGCUCUUAUGUCUAUAAUCUGGGACAUGAGUUUUUUAAAGGGCUUUAUGUGGACUAUGGUAUUGUAGUUUUUCUAAGCAUUUUUUAAAAGGUAAUAAAAUUAUGUUUAUGUACUAAUGCUGAUCAGAAAGUAAGGCAGGAAAAGUUGAUGGUAUUCGUUAGAGUUUAGCUGAAUGGAGCAGUUCCUUAUAAUAACAGUUGUAUAGUAAGGAUAAAACACUAACUUAAUGUGUAUUCAAUUUAAAUUGCUAUGUAUUUUUAAAUUGUCAAGAAAAACAGUUUUGUACAUUUGAAGAUUUUUUUUUCCCCCAACAGCUUUCAUCUUUAUUGUCUUAACAUGGAAUUUUAACCCUUACCAAAAAAACAAGUUGGCCGAACAGCCUUCUAGCACACUUUUUUAAAAUGAAUAAUGGUAGCCUAAAACUUAAUAUUUUUAUAAAAUAUUGUAAUAUUGUUUUGUGGAUAAUUGAAAUAAAAAUUCUUUGUUGAAUGCAUC